CCAGCCCCGGAAGUGACGCAACCGCGACGAGCCAUUUCCGGCUCAGGCGUCGGCGGCGUUUGCCGGAGGAAGGAGCCCGAGGGAGUCGCGUCGGUCUGAUUCCCUACGCCGCCGGUCCCUUCCUUCUAGUCCCCCGUCUCGCCCCGGCCUGGCCUGGCCCGGCCCGGGGCACAUCGGCCGCGGGGACCCCGGCGCCCGGAUGGAAAUCAUACGGUAUAGAGUGUUUGGGUGACAUCUACUUGGCAGAUCUUCAAGAAACUCUGAAGACAGAAGUACCUAAUGAAUUUGAGACAGAAGUAAAGUUUGGGGGGAGGGGGGAAGACAGCAACUGCUUUCCUGAUCUGCAACUUGGCAGGACACUAAAAUGUCUGUGGACAUGAAUAGCCAGGGAUCUGACAGCAAUGAAGAGGACUAUGACCCAAAUUGUGAGGAAGAAGAUGAAGAAGAGGAUGAGGACCCUGGAGAUAUAGAGGAUUAUUAUGAGGGAGUAGCAAAUGAUGUUGAGCAACAGGGAGCAGAUGCCUUCGAUCCAGAGGAAUACCAGUUUACCUGCCUGACUUACAAGGAGUCAGAGGGCACCCUGAACGAGCACAUGGCCAACUUAGCCACUAUGUUAAAGGUGUCUCAUUCAGUGGCUAAACUUGUAUUAGUUAAUUUCCACUGGCAAGUCUCAGAGAUACUGGAAAGACACAAGUCUAAUUCUGCUCAGCUGUUAGUUGAGGCCCGAGUUCAGCCCAGUCCAUCGAAACAUGUAAUGGUACAUUCCUCCCAUCACUGUGCAGUGUGCAUGCAGUUUGUCCGAAAGGAAAAUUUACUCUCUUUGGCUUGUCAGCACCAGUUUUGCCGAAGCUGUUGGGAGCAGCAUUGUACAGUGCUGGUGAAAGACGGUGUAGGAGUUGGAGUCUCCUGUAUGGCCCAGGACUGCCUUCUCAGAACACCAGAGGAUUUUGUGUUUCCUUUGCUGCCCAGUGAGGAGUUGAAAGACAAAUACAGGCGCUACCUCUUCAGGGACUAUGUGGAGAGCCAUUAUCAGCUCCAGCUGUGUCCCGGUGCAGACUGCCCCAUGGUUAUCCAGGUACAGGAGCCUAGGGCUCGACGAGUGCAGUGCAAUCGAUGCAAUGAGGUUUUCUGUUUCAAGUGUCGUCAGAUGUAUCACGCCCCUACAGACUGCGCCACAAUCCGGAAAUGGCUCACAAAGUGUGCAGACGACUCUGAAACAGCAAACUACAUUAGUGCUCACACUAAAGAUUGUCCCAAGUGCAAUAUCUGUAUUGAGAAGAAUGGAGGCUGCAAUCACAUGCAAUGUUCUAAGUGUAAACAUGAUUUCUGCUGGAUGUGUCUAGGAGACUGGAAGACCCAUGGCAGCGAAUACUACGAGUGCAGUCGGUACAAAGAAAAUCCUGAUAUUGUAAACCAGAGUCAGCAGGCCCAGGCGAGGGAGGCCCUUAAGAAGUACUUGUUCUACUUUGAGAGGUGGGAAAAUCACAAUAAGAGCUUACAACUAGAAGCACAGACGUACCAGAGAAUUCAUGAGAAGAUCCAGGAAAGAGUGAUGAACAAUCUGGGGACCUGGAUCGAUUGGCAGUACCUGCAGAAUGCUGCUAAGCUCCUAGCCAAGUGUCGUUAUACCCUACAGUACACGUAUCCAUAUGCAUACUACAUGGAGUCUGGACCUAGGAAGAAGUUGUUUGAGUAUCAGCAGGCCCAGCUGGAGGCAGAAAUUGAGAACCUUUCAUGGAAAGUGGAGCGAGCAGAUAGUUAUGACAGAGGGGACUUGGAAAAUCAGAUGCACAUAGCUGAGCAGCGAAGAAGGACCCUGCUGAAAGAUUUCCAUGACACAUAAAACAGGCCACAGAAGGCUACAGGGUGAGAGGGGAGAGAGGAUUGAGAAAACAAGGCAGUCAGCAGCGCCAUUGCAUGGAAUGGGCACUGCCUCUGGAGAGCACAAACCAAGGACAACGCCCCAGCCCCUGCAAGCUCUCCCAUUUUAGUCACUUUCAGUUUUCUUCUCAUCUUUCCGCUUUUGUUUGUGCCAGGGUAGAAGCCAUAUUGAAUUGGCAUCUUUAUGAGACUUUUUUAAAUUCCCCCUGGAUGGUUAUUGGGAGGGAGGGAAAGUUUUUCUGAAUGGCUGUUAAUAGUAUUAGAUCAUUACAACUUCUGUAAUUUUCAAAGGUUGUAAAAUUAUACAAAACAAAACAAAACAAAAAAAAACCCUAGAAUAACACAGAACCCUUUAAAAAAAAAUAAAUUGGCAUUGGAGUGUUUUUUUCCUUUAGAUGUUCUGCUUAGAAAAAGUCACAUUUGCUCCCCACCCACACCAUUUUUGCGCUGAGCUUUAUAAAAUGUCACAUUGGCCUUCUUGGGAUUGCCUGCCCUUUUCCUGCUCAGAUAUGCUUGGCAGCAGCUAUAAUUGCCCAGGGAAGAGAACAGCCAACCUCUUCCAGGAGCUUCUGCUGGAGAGGAGCCUGGGAUCAUUGUAAGCUGGGUCAUGUCAGCUAUUCAUUCAGCAACCCUUCUUCCUACACUAGCUGCUGGGGGAAUCUCACCAAAUUCUGAAUUCAAAAUGCAGGAGAGCCAAGUUGAAGCGUAUUCAUUGCCCUGAAUCCUGAGAUAUUUUACCAAAUUGGAUUUUUCUUGAUAUGCCCCAUUAUGCUGCUUAUAGGGGUAGUUUUUUUAAUCCAUCUUCUAACCAUUUUUCUGAACCUUAUCAAUUUGAGACUUUUUCUUCAUACCUACCCCACCCCUGUAGUUAGUUACAUCUUUCUUUGUAAUGAUGAGUCUUCUUUGGCAUUUGGCAAACUGGUACAGGGGCAUGUGAGGAUCCUCCCCCAUAGUGAAGAAACACCUUCAUGGUUUCUCACCAGGAUUUUAAGUAUCUGGAUUGCUUUCUCCUUGCACUCUAGAAGGGGGAAGGAUGGUAAAUUGAGUCCUGAGAAAAGAUACAGCUGGGCAGCAAUGACCAGUUAUAUGCACUUGGUAUAGGGGAUCCAUGGCAAUUUUAGUGGUCAAGAAACAGUGAAGAGAAAAUUUUUAAAAGUUUAACUCUCAGGAUAGCAGUAAUGAGAACACAAACAUAAAGAAAUGACUCAUUUGUAGUCUUUCAGACUAUAUCAGACUCCUGAGUAUCCCCCCCAAGAAAUCUGAUUUUGAGGCCUCUGAAAGAAAAGUAAUAUCUUAUUGCUUUCCUUAAUAUGAAGUUGGGGAACCUAUCCAUGAGUACAGUAUUAAUCUUAAAUGGUGACCCUCCUGUUGUACAGUUGAAAAAGUGGAAAAGGUACUGUAUUUGUUGGAAUCACCAUGAACUGAGUGGAAAUGGUCUCUGCCCAUUGGCCCCUUCUCUCCAGAUAGAGCUGUGCCAUUAUAGUAUUAAUGUUAAUCAAGAAGUCCCUUCUUGUCUUUGCACAUAGCAGGGGGCUUGAAUACAUUCUUAUUUGUAACCUACAUUAAUUCUGGGAGUUCUAGCUCACUGUUGUUGGCUACUCCAGAAGACUCCACUUUCACUUUGAUUGGAACUUUUACUUUUGUUCACUCUUCUUUUGAAAUAACUUCCUUAAACAUCAGUUUUCCUUGAGAUUCUGGAAGGCAUUUGAUGCCUACUUUAUGGUUUUUCCCAGUCUCAAAGUGCAUAAAAGUUGUAGGCUUCCAUUUCUGUAGUACUGGUCCAUAAGCCUUUGAUGUGAUAGGCCUACAAUACUUUUGGGCCUAUAUUUGGAAGCCAUUGAGAGGGCAGAUCUAAGAUACUUAACAACAUUUCUAUGAAGGCUUCUGAUGUCUUUUAUCUCCAGAGGUUGAUGCAUUCAGCUGUGCUCUGGGUUGGGACAGGACUUUCUUCUGGGAGACAUGGCUGAACUUUUAUCUCUGUACUUAAUCUCAGUACCUAAGAAUUUCAGAAUGAAUUCUUCUGUUCUCUGCUGCUUGGCCACCCAGGGGUAGAGAUAGGAUUUUAGGGAGAUUGUAAAGGACUUGGAGAAUUCCUUUGAAUCUUACAACCAUUUUCACUUUCCAACACCCAGUUAAUUGUUCAUUUACUUCCUGGGUGCUGUAUAAACUGUGAAACUAAUUCCACCUAAGAGUCAUCUGUGACAGUGGAGGGGUCAUUGUUGGGUGGGGUUGACCCAUGAGCCCUUCCCCCAUUCCUUUCUUUGAAAAGCAAAGCCCUGCUUUCUGGGGAAGAGGACAGGCAGUUAUGGAAGAGUGAAGGGCAGUGAAAAAUCAAUUUAGACACCACAUUCAUAAGCUAAUUGUAAAUAGGAAGAGUGUUCCUUCUGAGAACAGAAAGGGGGUGGGUGCCUCAUUUUCCUCACAUUGAGGAUUCCAGUGUUUGGAACCUUCUCCUUUUUGUGAUGUCUUUUUUGUUUUGUUUUGUUUUUGUGGCACCAGAAGGGCCAAAUGGGUCCCAGCUUUGCUUCUAGAGCUUUUGGUUGUAGCUUUGCUCAUACAAUUCACUGGCUGUCACAUACCCUUGACAUUGUAGGCAGCACCAAGGAGUUUCUCUAAACUGCAUGACUGCUGCUCCUGGGGCACGAAAUCGUGCACAUACAUGCGUGUGUGCAUGCACACACACAAAUAUACACAAAUUGCUUUUGCACUGAUGCUGGAGCCACAAGGGGUUUCUGUACCAUAAUCACAGCUUUGAGCCCUUACGACUUUGAAUCAAGUGCUUGACAGAAUGUAUUUUCUUCUCAUUGAGGCUUGUUCUAGACCUUAGCUGGCUGUCACUUAAGUUUUCCAGCAGUCUAGAAAGCUGGGAGAAUCUGGCAGACUUUCUCUGCUUUGCAUGAGAUAGAAAAGGAGGAAGGGCAGGACAUUUUCUCAUUAAAUGGCCCCAUCUCUUGAUUUUCCUUUAGAAAGAAAAGAUGAAUUGGGGCAGUAUACUCCGCUCUUAAAUGUUUCCCAGAAUUCUAGUGGUUUAUUCAAAAUAAAUUGUAAAUUUCUAAUUUUAAAA